AUGACCAGCGACAAAACCAGAGGCGUGACAUCCAUCGACAACCCACCUCCGCCGCCUCCUCCUCCGUACGAUCCCGUCACCUUCCAAGGCGUCGCUAAUUAUUACAAUCCGCCGCAGUCGUCGUCUCAUGUUUCAAUUGAUUUGUCGCCGCCGCCGCACGUUGCCGCCGGUAAUCUUUCUCCCUAUUAUAAUUCGCUCGGUUAUCAAUCAAUUCCAGAUUAUAUUGUCGAUGAAGCAAGAUACCAGCCUCAACAUCCUCUUCCUUGUUGUGGCCUUGGGAUCGGUUGGUUGUUAUUCUUGCUUGGGUUCUUUUUUGGUGCUAUUCCAUGGUACAUAGGAACAUUUAUGUUGAUAUGUAUUAAUGUUGAUAACAGAGAAAAACCAGGGCUUAUUGCAUGUUUUAUAGCUGUGAUAAUUGCUGUUUUUCUCAUUACCUUCAUUAUAACGAUUGCAAAUCAGUUUUUGUGA